AUGAAUCAAGACUCCUCGCUGGCAGCAUGGUCUGACCAUAUGCCCGACGAAUCUAUUCUCUCCGCACCCAGCGAGGACUUCACUAAUCUACUGGACUUUACUUUUGACUUGACUGACCUGGAAAAUGCCGCCGACCAGAAUGGCCAGGCUAUCACGACUGCUGCAUCGCAGGCCUCCGUCUCGAUGGUGCGAGACACUCAACUGAUAGCAAUGGAGGGCAUUCAGACUUCGCAGCCUCAACAGUACCCACCCUCAUCGUUUGUGGAACAAAUGCCGCCCAUUGGCCUGCCGGCUGCAAGCUCUAUGCAACAGGUGAACCCAUCGCAUUUCUACAUACAGAAACAGCGGCAACAGACUCAAGAUGGCAUUGUACCUCAAGUAUAUAACCAGUUUGUCCCACCUACACCAAACAGCACUGAGUUACACGGCGGUAUUGCACGACAUCCUCCUCCAUUAGACACAGGAAUCCAACGACGAUAUGAACCCUACACCAGAGCAACCGAGGACCAGAGCGCUUUUACCCCAUUGAUCUCUCCUGCCAUGACGCCCCUGGAACAACAACUCCGAUUUCCAGAGUACGCCACCCCAGGAGAAUAUCUCACUCCGUUGACUUCCCCUGCUCUGGAGGCUCACCAUCCGCAUGGGAAUGGAUUCAUGUUCAAUCCAGCUGCGAGUAUGGAGAUGGGCUUUAUGGUAUCGCAGCCAGAAAUGAAGCCACCUUUGCCAGCAAGCACCGCACCUUCUUCGCCAGCUAUUAUUAGAAGGCAUAGGCGUAAAUCAUCGCUUGUAUCGAAGCCGAAUUCCCGACUACUUCGCCAGUCCCCUUCUAUGAGGCCUAUGAGUAGCCGCCAAAGGUCCCAUCCAGGAUCAGCUAUUCUUUCUGGAAAUGACUCCCGCAUUUGGAAUAAAGAUAGCUCCCAGGAUCCAUCUUUGGCCUCAAAAAGAGUUGGCUCCCAUCAUGGCAGUAGUAAUGAGAGCUCAGGCCAGGAUUCUGUAUCCCCGGAGCCAUUAGCGGAGCCUUUGAUGCCCCCACCCGCAAUUCCACGCGCUUUCAAGUCUCCUUUUAUAACAGCACGUGACCCGAGUAUGGAGCAAAAGUCCAUGGAAGCUGCUACUCCAGCGACAUUAAUGAACCUACCAAAGCAGGCAAGCCCCAUCGACCCCAGCGUACAAUUUUCUCGUACCGGCUCUGUAAUAGUGUGCAAUGUUCCAGAGGAGGCAAUGGAGGAUAUUACUCUCCCUGAACCCGCAACGAAUGUUGAUCCAGCUGCUACUGUAACGAGUAGUACGCUGACCGGAAUAAAUCAGCCGACUCCGAAAUUGACAUCGAAACGAACGCCGGUCCUUAGGUCCUUGAACGAUAUCAGCGGUCCGGGAACCGCCUCAGUGACUCCAAGUCCACAAAUAGGCGCCAUGAAAUCUCCAAUGGGGCCUGUUGGGCUGAAACGAACGGAUACAAGACCUGGAGGAAGGACGUCCAAGAAGCGACAGAGUGCUAGCACGUCGCAAAUCAGCCCUGCAUUGAGACCAAAGAUCAGCCCUAGUAUUCAACCCCUUAUUCGGGGAGAAGGCCUAUCCUCAGAGACAUCUGCCCUUUAUCUUGCAUCGAAAUCCAAUUAUCAGCACAUUCUCGAAGGGACUCUUCUUCCUGGCGUUAUCUACCCAGAGGCCCUAGCUGAAAAUUUGAGCUCGAAGCGCACAAAUCACAAACUUGCCGAACAAGGACGGCGUAAUCGUAUUAACACAGCACUUAAGGAAAUAGAAAGUCUAUUACCUCCUUAUUUGGCAUAUGAUAAGAGUAAAGAUAAAGACAAAGACAAGAAUGCUGAAGGCGGAGCAGGGUCAUCCAAACCGGACAAGCCGGCUUCGCACCAGCCCAUCAGUAAAGCUAGUACUGUGGAACUCGCCAUCGUUUACAUCAAGACUUUAGAAAAGGAGCUCUCAGAGACAAAGAAGAAAUUAGAAGAGGCAGAAAAAAAGUUACAAGGUGCCACCAGCAAAAGUACAGCGUGUACGGCGGGCGCUAAUGACGGCAGCGAUCAAGCUAAAACUGAGGCCUCUCCUAGGUCUACAACUACCGUUUCAACGACUCCUGACGUGGCACACGCCGAAAGCGGGGGGUCAGAGACCACGAGAUAA